CUGCCGAUCUGACAGUCAUCAGCGGACCCAAGAGGUGACAGGCGUCCCCGUUGGUGACAAGUGACCCCUGGAGGUGACACUGGCAGAGAUAGGUGGGAGGGGGUCUAGUCAGAUAAAGUGACAACUGAGGUGUAUGUGCCGUACUCAGUUAUAGUAGUAAUUCUUAGUGCACAUUUACUAAGAGGGAUUACUAUUACACUUUUAAGGCAGGGCUGGAUAUUACUGACCAUGACAUAGGCACUGUAGAUUAUCAUAUAUAGAGCACAAUAUAAUUGCAUAAAGAGCACAGCACCAUCACAGAUAGAUCACAACAUAAUCACAUACUGACCACAACCUGAGGUACAGAGCAUGGCAUAAUCAUGUAUACAGUACAUAAUAGUAACAUACCUGCUGUGAUAUAUGCACAUUCACACCACGCACACAGUAUGUGCAGGAUCACAUACACACUUGUUAUAUGAGGUAGGUGUGUUUGCCCAGGUGAAUUAGACAUAUACAUUAGUAUACAACAUCAUGAUCCAGGUGUGCCCAUCUCCUGUGACCCGCACUGCUGUGCUAAAGAGGGCAGCACUGUUGACACUUGCCGCAUAUGGAGUGCGAAAACUUUACCCAGUGCUCAGACAUCGCUAUCUGCGAGUGCACAAGCCUCAAACAGCUAAUGGGCUACCGGACAGCAAAGAGGACUCAGUCCCUCACUCAUCAGGCUCUACCUAUGAGAGAACUGGCGUGAACAGAAUCUUCUUCCGCAGACUUGCCCGCCUACUGCGCCUGUUGUUUCCCAAGCUGGCAUGCAAGGAGUUCGGGCUGCUGUUCUUGCAUUCGGCUGCUCUUAUUUCCAGGACGUUCCUUUCUGUGUAUGUGGCCCAACUGGACGGCCGACUUACUCGCUGCAUAGUGAAGAAGCGCCCAGCAAGCUUUGUAUGGCAGCUGCUCAAGUGGCUACUGAUUGCCCUUCCAGCCACCUUUAUUAACAGUGCCAUUCGCUAUCUAGAGGGCCAGCUGAGUCUCGCAUUUCGUAGCCGCCUUGUGGCUCAUGCAUAUGACAUGUACUUUGGUAACCAAACAUACUAUAGGGUUAGCAACAUGGAUGGAAGACUGCGUAACCCUGACCAGUCACUGACUGAGGAUGUUGUGGCCUUUGCCAGCUCCGUGGCCCAUCUGUACUCUAACUUGACUAAACCCGUUCUGGAUGUUAUAGUGACCACUUACACUUUGAUCAGCACAGCCAAGUCCAAGGGGGCAAACACAGGAUGGCCAUCAGCUAUUGCUGGCUUGGUUGUUGUCAUCACAGCCAAGGUGCUCAGGGGCUGUUCUCCGAAGUUUGGGAAACUAGUAGCUGAGGAAGCUCGGAGAAAAGGAGAGCUGCGGUACAUGCACUCAAGAGUGGUGGCUAACUCAGAGGAGAUCGCCUUUUAUGGGGGUCACAAGGUGGAGAUGUCCCUGCUUGAGAGAUGUUACAGGGACCUGUCCUCUCAAAUUAACAUUAUUCUGCUGGAGCGACUGUGGUACGUGAUGCUGGAGCAGUUCCUCAUGAAAUACGUCUGGAGCGCGUCUGGUUUGGUGAUGGUGGCAGUGCCCAUUAUCACAGCAACUGGCUACUCUGAGAGCGAUUCUGAUGAAGUGAAGAGAGCUGCCCUCGAGAUGAAGGAAGAGGAUCUGGUGAGUGAGCGAGCUGAGGCUUUCACCACUGCAAGGAACCUGCUGACAGCUGCUGCCGACGCCAUUGAGCGAGUGAUGUCAUCAUACAAAGAGGUUACCGAGCUGGCUGGCUACACUGCCCGAGUGCACGAAAUGUUUGAGGUGUUUGAAGAUGUCCAAAAUGGUGUCUACAAACGCCCCGGAGAGCUGGAGGAAUCCAAAGCUAAGAACGGAGAGCUCAUCCAGCACGGCAUCCGCAUAGAAGGGCCCCUGGAGAUAAAAGGUCGGGUGGUGGAUGUGGAAAACGGAAUCAUUUGCGAGAAUAUUCCUAUUGUGACGCCAACUGGAGAUGUGGUUGUCGCCAGUCUCAAUAUUCGGGUGGAGGAGGGGAUGCAUCUUCUCAUCACUGGUCCCAAUGGUUGUGGGAAAAGCUCGUUGUUCCGGAUCCUCGGGGGCUUGUGGCCAGCAUAUAGCGGUGUAUUGUACAAGCCUCCACCACAGCACAUGUUUUACAUCCCGCAGAGGCCUUACAUGUCUGUGGGAAGCCUGCGGGAUCAGGUAAUAUACCCUGACACCGCAGAGGAUAUGAGGAGAAAACACUUCUAUGACAAAGACCUGGACACUAUUCUGACCAUUGUGAAUCUGAACUACCUGGUGCCAAGAGAGGGAGGGUGGGACUCUGUGAGCGACUGGAAGGAUGUGCUGUCUGGUGGAGAGAAGCAACGUGUAGGGAUGGCGCGCAUGUUUUAUCACAGACCCAAGUAUGCACUUCUGGACGAGUGCACAAGUGCCGUGAGCAUUGAUGUGGAAGGAAAGAUAUUUCAGUCUGCAAAGGAUGCUGGGAUAGCCCUGCUGUCCAUUACCCACCGCCCCUCUUUGUGGAAGUACCACACACACCUUCUGCAGUUUGACGGUGAAGGUGGCUGGAAGUUUGAGAAGUUGGACACCGCGGCACGUCUCUCACUCACAGAGGAGAAGCAGCGCCUGGAGCAGCAGCUGGCCGGCGUGCCCGAGAUGCAGCAGCGACUAAAUGAACUUUGCCAGAUCCUGGGAGAGAAUUCAGAGGUGACCCACACAGAUGAGAUCACUGAUGUAACUCUAGUGGUGUAAAGGACCAGCUCUCUGUGCCAACUUUCACUGGUUGUUGUGCCACUGGACACUGGUGUCAUAUUCUUAGUUACCCAGUUGUCCUCUGAAGAGAAUUGUUUAGCUGCUCCAAGUGUUCUGGGGAUCAAAGUGACCCUUAUCCCAUAAUGCAUUGUGAAGCAACCGAUUACAGGCAGACUUAGCUUAGAAGAAGUAAAAAUGCACUUUGUGUCACUCGGCAUCAUGCCCAUGUGACUGGUUCCAUAUGCUGAAUGUUUUCCUUUUUCUUAGCUGCACCAGCAGAAAGUGUUUCCCUUCCAAUGAUUAUGCUUUAAAAUCCCUUAGAUUUUAGCCCAGUAAAUGUGAAUAAGGCUCUGUCAUGCCAAGUAGCUUUUUGUCAUUUGUCUGUGUUUGUUCUUGCCCUCUCCCUGUGUUGUGCUUCAACACAACCUGGUGAGCAAUCACAACCUAGUGAGCAAUAGCAGAACACAUGGUGCCUAUACAAAUCUAUCAUCAAAGCAAAAAAAAAAUUCCUGAGCACUCCAGGGGUAUACGAUAAAAAAAGAACUUUAUUACGUAAAAUUAAAACACAUGCAUAAUAAUGCAGGGAUGUGGCAAGUGAGCCCCUGACGCGUUUCGCUCUAUACUAGUGCUUAAUCAACCUUUGAUGAUGUCACACAUCUAUCAUCAACUGGUGCUUAGUGGUUAAUACCCUGUCUGACAAUAUGUAUGUUGGGCACAGAUCAUCACGCCACCAGUAGAAACACAACACAUUGGCAUUUUGUGAGAUGCGGUAUAGUUAUUGCAUAACAUUGAGCAGGACAGAAUUAGCUUUGCUCACUGUAAACAUCUAACUGUUUCCCAAAGUUACCUGUCCAACUUUGAGGGUCAAACCACUUGUCUGUUUAGCACUAUCUGUACUAUCCUGUACGAGAGAUCAUCCUUGAGAAUGGUACAUUGUCUCGCCUAAUCAGAAACUCUGGCUUGAAUCCAAAGUUGGUAGUUGCAUUUUUCAUCCAUUAACAUUAAUUAUUACACCUUAUACACGGUAUCAGGUUUUACUAAAAUGACAUACAGCACACACAGUAUAGCCAAGCUUAGUGGCACAUAUGUUAUACAUGUGUUUGUGACUCUGUGUGCACGUGAUUUAACUGUAAGGAAGUGGUUUUGUCUAGUCUAGUUCUUGGUAAAUUCAGAGGAACUUCAGCUUAGGAAGUGAAUAAAAUGUAAAAUCUUAUCAGAAGCCUAAAUGGACUGCACCAGAUAUGUGGCUAGUGUACAGGAAGAUUUUAUUUUUUAUGUUUUAUUAAUCCAUUGGAUUCUGUAAGCAGCCUUGGUAUCAUGACUUGCAUAUAGCAAAUUUCUGUUGGCUAAGAGAGAGGACACAUAGUCAAAGAUACAACUUAUUUUCUUACUGAAUCCAAACAUAUCACACUCAACCAGGCGACAGUAAAUUGGAGCUGCACGUGUUACAGGUGUAUAUAAACUGUGUAGUUAAUACACAUGGAAAGUAAGUGCUGCCCCCCCUGUAACUAACCCAAAAUUUACCAUAUUCAUUAUCUCUCCCAACGCAUCUGUCAUUUCGUGCUGGUCAUAUGUGCCUUAGAUACAUGUCAAUAUAACUGGUGCCCGACUCAUACACCAUAUAUAAACAUGCCAACUGCCUCUCUGUAGUAAAAGAAUAAUUUUAUAGUGUAAAUUAGCAGCUAAUAUAUUCUUUAUCUCUAAUAGAAGAGUGAUUUUGCUUUCAGUAAAAUAUCUCGUUAAAGUAAAAGGAAGGGUUUACAAGAUGGAUGCCGGUGAAUAAAAAAUGGCUAACUUGGCGUCAGGUUAGAGAAGUGGUUUGCCACAGGUCUGUAAGGGACAUACUUAAGUUAAUUCUAACCACAGUAGAGAGGAGAGUUUCUGUAAAAUAACAUUUCUGCAUCUUGUUUCGGCUUUAUGUGCUUUCCCUAUAUUAUGUUCAUAGUCAUAUACAUUUCUAACAAGUACAUUUAGUCUUCCUCAUACACGUUUAGCUGUCCUAGAAAUUCUCUCCCACUCCCUCCAUCCCAUCUGUACUAACUGAAGAAUAAUGUUCUGUAGUCUGUUUAACAUAUAACUAAUUUAUUUGUUGCUUAACAUUAAUUACGCAGAUGUGUUGUGUUGAGCAAAUGCGCUCUUACCAUAAAUCACAUUGCGCCAGAUAAUUAUAUUGUUUGUUUUUUGGAAAUUCACGAUUCCGCUUAUCAUGAAGAUGCAGAGGCAGAUAUUUUGCAUUACAUUUACUGCCAAGAUGUGAAAUGAUGCUAGAACACAAUCCCUUGCAGCUAAUAGGCAUGUGAGAAUGACACGUAACCAAUGGGCAGUCCUUACAACAGGGCUUGACAAACCCAGGAGCCAGGGGGUCACACUGUCUGGCUCCUAAUUGUUAAACAGAUUUGUUGAGCACUGCCUUACAAAGUCCAUUACAUAACUAUUGUCAGAUUAUCAUUAUAAUUUGUUCAACAGUUUAAAAAAUGUAAUUUGUAGAACAGGAAUUAAGCCCUGUCAUUUAUUUAUUUCAAGAAGAUUGAGUUCUGUUCUUGUAAUCAUUUAAACACCGGACUAUACGCAUCUCUGGUUGUUUGACCGAAGUAAAAGAAAAUGAAUGAACAUUGAGGUUACAUAAUACCUGUAGUCAGUCUCAUUUCUACCGUGGAAUUAAAGGGACAUGAAACCCAAAAUGUUAUGUUUAUGAUUCAAUGCAUACAAUUUUAAACACCUUUCCAACAAUGAACUGCUGGGAGCUAGCUGAACAUAUAACAUAUUGGGUAUGUCAAUAACAUGGGGAAUAUGUGUGUAGUCACCAAUUACUAGCUAGCUCCCAGUAGCAGAUUGCUGCUCCUGAGACUAUCUAGGUAUACUUUUCAACAAAGGAUACCAAAAAAACAAAGAAAAUCAGAACAGACGUAAAAUGUAAAUUUGUCUAAAAUUUUAUGCUCUGUUUAAAUCAUGAAAGUUAAAUAUUGACUGUAUAACAAUUGUUAAAUAGAAUCAAGAUAAUAUGAAAUAUUUGGGUUCAGGCAGAACCUUUACUUUAAAGGGACACUGAACCCAAAUUUUUUCUUUUGUGAUUCAGAUAGAGCAUGCAGUUUUAAGCAACUUUCUAAUUUACUCCUAUUAUCAAAUUUUCUUCAUUCUCUUUGUAUCUUUAUUUGAAAAGCAAUAAUGUAAGUUUAGAUGCCGGACCAUUGGGCUGUUCUUGCUGAUUGGUGGAAAAAUUCACCCACCAAUAAACUAGUGCCGUCCAGUUGGCUCCUUAGCUUAGAUUCCUUCUUUUUCAAAUAAAGAUAGCAAGAGAACGAAGAAAAAUUGAUAAUGGAGUUAAUUAGAAAGUUGUUUAAAAUUGCAUGCUCUAUCUGAAUCACAAAAGAAAACCAUUUGGGUUCAGUGUCCCUUUAAGUUCUUGCACAAGACAGCAAUGUUUCUCUAGCAGAUAACUAUACACGUGUGUUCUGCUAUAGGGGGUGCUAGGGUCAGUAUCAUUUCCAGAUCAUCACAAAGAUUUACAAGCUAGUCUUACCUGUUAGACUGUUGUUAGAGAGUGCAUGCUUUAUUAGAAAGUUCUUCAGAAAUAAACAGUAAGGGAGUUAAAAUUGCCUUGAGGAUCUAAUAAAAUAUGGAAAUGACGUAAGUAUUGAGUGAAGGACUCAGAGGUCUAGCAGAGGAAGGCACCAUACAUGACUGCUAGUCACUUCAGACCAGCAAACAUAAUGGGUAAUCUGGGAGAUUAUUGAAACUGGAGAGCAAGGCAUUAGCUAAAGUCUGAGACUAUGACUCCAGGAAAGCUUUCUAGGCUACUUUGCUCAGAUUUGGAAAUGAACUGAUUCUGCUGUUGAUUUGCUCAGGAUGCAAAGACAUACAUGACAAAUUAUUUCAGUUAAAAAAAUAUUUUCUAGAAUCUGACAUCUUCAUAGUAAUAUUUUAAAAAUGAACUGAAGUUUUGUUCCACCCAAGAGUAAGAUGCAACAAACCAUUAAGAGAUUUUUCUAUUUUAAGAUAUUUUUAAAGAUAUUUAUAGACUUUGUGUAAGGCUCUUGACUACAAAGGAGCCUUUGAUGAAUUCAAUAUAAUUUAUCUAUAAACUGGCUUCAUUUUGAAUCCAAGGUCAUUUGUCCCAGUUGAUCCAUAGUUUUGUCCACAGCCUUUGAAAGCUGAUGAUCAGUACAAGUGUCCAUGCUAAGUGAGAUGUGGCAAUCAAAUAUGUAUUUGUGGUCAAUGUAUCAUCCCAGAAUUGUGAUGAAGUUGGAGACGGAGUAUCUCUUGGGCUUGCAUUGCCCAAUAUGUAAGAGAACCUAGAAAUUGGCCAGUUACUUUACAGGAGAUAUAUAUAUAUAUAUAUAUAUAUAUAUAUAUAUAUAUAUAUAUAUAUAUAUAUAUAUAUAUAUAUAUAUAUAUAUUAUUUUGCAAUUCUUAAGGUCUUUCUUUUUCAUUUGAGUGCUAAAACAUCUGCAGAUUUCAUCUUUAGCUGGGUAAUUAUGGAAUCAAUAUUGAAAUCUUAAAAACUCUGUUGAUGGAAUUGCGUUUGGCACUGAUUUCUAGCAAUUGACCAUUUCGGCAUUUAGCAGUUGAUCCUAUGUGAGAGUUAGCAUGUUGCCCAAGUAUAUUAUUUAGUGAAUUUGACUUUGAGAUCUAAGAAAUGAUAACGCUGGUGAAUCUGAGGUUGUUAUAAGCUGUCUGACAAGUAUUCGUUGCUUGCCGCUACUGUUUGUGGGGACAUUAUUUUACCUUUCUUUGUUGUGCCUUUGAGUCCAGGAGACUCUGGGAUAGGUGGUUAUUUUUGUUCAGGGAACCCUGGUCUGUAUCCUGUAGGUUUUCUGUACAAGUACAUGGGAAAGAAUCUUGAGGAACCCCAUGAAAUUGACACUUGUAUUUGGGUUGUAGUUUGAAGCUGGAACGACAAAUUCUUAAAGGGACACUGAACCCAAAUUUUUUCUUUUGUGAUGCAGAUAGAGCAUGCAAUUUUAAGCAACUUUCUAAUUUACUCCUAUUAUCAAAUUUUCUUCAUUCUCUUGGUAUGUUUAUUUAAAAAGCAAGAAUGUAAGUUUAGAUGCCGGCUGAUUUUUGGUGAACAACCGGGGUUGUCCUUGCUGAUUGGACAGCACCAAUAAACAAGUGCUGUCUAUGGUUCUGAACUGAAAAUGUGCUGGCUCCUUAGCUUAGAUGUCUUCUUUUUCAAAUAAAGAUAGCAAGAGAACGAAGAAAAAUUGAUAAUAAGAGUAAAUUAGAAAGUUGCUUAAAAUUGCAUGCUCUAUCCGAAUCAUAAAAGAAAAAAUUUGGGUUCAGUGUCCCUUUAACUGAUUUACUGGGUUUGGAUGAAGGUAUGAUAGAGAGGGCAUCUGUUUUUUAAAGGGACAGUAAAGUCCAAAUUAAACUUGAAUUGAUUAAAUAGAGCAUGGGCUUUUAAACGACUUUCCAAUUUACUUCUAUAAUUAAUUUUGCUUAGUACUCUUAUCAUCCUUUGUUAAAGAGUAAUCUUAGGUGAGUUCAGGAGCGUGCACAUGUCUUUAGCCAUCUGGCAGCAGUGUUAUCAGCCUACGUAGGUUUAAUUUUCAACAAAGGAGACAAACAGAACAAAGCAAAGUUUACAAUAGAAGGACAUUGGAAAGUUGUUUCAAAUUGCAUGCUCUAUCUGAAUAAUGAAAGCUUAAUAAUUGACUUUACUGUCCCUUUAAGCCAACUCUUAUGAUCAAAGGAUUGAAGUUAAUAUAAAUGGUUUGAGCUUCCAUGAGGAAUAUCUUGGUACUUUUACCUUUAAAGGGACAAUAAACCCAAAAACUGUAUUAUACAUCUUCAAUAUACAGUACAUGAUUUAAAAGUCUUCUUUUAAUAAAUUAUUUGUGAAUAUUUAAUUAUUUCCAAGCCCUCUGUGAUACUCAUGAUUCAUGUUGUAUCACAGAGGGCUACCUGGGUGCCAGGCUCAUGAAAGAGCACAGGAGCACGUGCGUGGGCAUAACGGUAAACAUUCUAUCACGCUUAGAAGAAUACACGCACGUCUAGACUCCGUGGUGAUCACUGACAAUCACAUGACUUUGUACUGGAGAUCGCCUAACAGUGAGUCAAUCUUACUAUAGGAAGUUUGAGAAAAAGGAUUGUACUCCGGAACAGCAAAGAAAAUAGUUGUGUAUUUAUAAAUUGUAAGUUCUUAUUAUAGCUUGCUUUGUGUCCCUUUAAGAACGAGCAAUAAAGCUUGUGACCAGCAAUGUCUAUUAACGUCAGAAGAAAGAAGAUAGAAAUGCGCAUGCGUGGAAGAAAGGAAGGAAUGCGCAUGUGAUCGGGUGCAAAUCUGCAUAAAGAAAUUAUGCAAGUGGAUAAUGGAUUAUUGUGCAGGGAUUGGCUAUAUUGAACUUUAAGUUGCGCUAUGCUGCACCCGUAAUUUUGGGAGGAUGGGUUAAGUUUGUCAGACCACAAAAUGAACUAGCUGUAAAAGUGAGUAAGGAUUGAUUGAUAUAUUUUCAAUAAGCGGUGGCUAUAAUAUGUUAGAGAAAAUAAAGUUGACUGGUCCUGUAAUAUCUACCAACUUAUCAUGUAUGUUUUUAGUCAACAGUCAUUACUUUUUCUGGAAUCUCAAACUGGAGCUGGAUUUGUCAGAUAAUUUUGUAAAAGGAUGUUUAGAUUGUUAAAUAAUAAUUGUUCUCCUUACCUACUGGAUUUUCUCAGCCAUUAACUCACUAAUAUGUCUACGUGUGACUCUGAGAUCCAUUCAGAACAUGUAGGUGAUGCAUAGUUCUAGAUUCAAGCAAUAAACUUUCAUUUGCAUCAGAGAUAGGAUCCUUAUAAUGGUAAGAAAAAAAGUUUUCCCAUCCGUAGUUUUAUCAAGCACAUGUCAGAACUUAGUUCAUCAUAUGUGUCUGAGUCUGGGGAAUUGAGUUCCUAUCCCCAAAGCUGGUGGGACUGACCCUUUUAGUUUCUCCAUUGCUGUUCUCUGGUGUCUCCUUGGCUGUAAAAGUUGUUUCAUCUGAUCUAGACUUUAAUAUGGCUUCCAGUUAUUAAAGGCAAGGUUACAGGUAAAUAUACUAGGGGGCAAACAGGACACUGCUGGUCUGAGCCACUAACAAAACAGGAAGUUAAAUAAGAUAAGACAGAGACAAGUAAUACAAUGAUAAAAGUGGGCACUGUAAGUAAAUUAUAUAUAUAUAUAUAUAUAUAUAUAUAUAUAUAUAUAUAUAUAUAUAUAUACACACACACAAAUUAUGACGGCCUUCUUGUUGGUUAUGUAUUCAUGUCUGAUUGGCUGUCAGUAACCAGGAUGUUAAAACUAAUGAAGUAAUGUUCACCUCCUGCACUGCAAUAGAAUCAUUUUUAUCAGUAUUACAUAGUAUGAAUAGCUGUUUUUUUUUGUUUGAGGCUUUUAUUGGUAUCCGCCAAUAAAAGAGAACCUCUAGCUACAAUAUGCUUAUACAUUACAUUGUUUAGGAAUAUAACAGGCUUUAUGUUUAGGGAAUUCAUUUUUUUAAGCUAAACAGAGUGACCAUUCUGCUUACAUAUAUUUCUCCUGAUUUCUAUGCUGCCCUUUUAACAUCCAUUGAAUGUAACUCAGAGGCUUCUAGACUGGAUAAAGAAGGGCAGCGCUUCAUUUUUGUGCUGUUUGAGAGUGCGGCUAGCUGAUAUACUGUGUAGGCCAGUAAUGUGCUCCUUUCUCUGCAGGGUUGCUGGCUUUUCGGGUUGUAAAGGGUUAAAGUGAGUGAUCAAAACUUUUUAGCAACAAACUAGUAUAAUUAGCAAUGUGGUAAUAUAUAAAUGUGUAUUUUAAAAUAAUUAUAGAAACCUAAACUACACUGAUCAUGCGGUUUCCUAUGUUCCUUUUCCCACGCUCAUCUCUUUUAUCCAAAGAUAAUUACAACAGACAUUUGAUUUGGGCAUUCAUAAGGUAUGGGCACCACAUAUGUUUUGUUUAAUGAUAUCCUUCUGUGUAUUCGCCUUUCUGAAUCAGUGUCAAUCUCCCAGCCCUGUACGCAUAUCCAUUUAUCCAUUUAGUUCUCCUGGCACUUUUUUUUUUUUAAAACAGAUAAUAUUAAUGGCUGGUGAACCCAUUCAGUAAUCACUGUUGCCAUGCACUUAAUAUCUGUAAAUUCAUAAGACACCUCGUUUAAAAGAACUUGCUUCUUUGGAGUAAGGGUUCUUAUGUAUGUAUGAGUAGAUUUGAAACUUUUUGUCCUUCAUCGCUUGUAUGUUGUCUACUUAUCAUGAGAUUUAUAUAAAAUGUUUGAUCUGCAGAGUGACGGGACCAUGAUUUUUUUUGUUUUUUUUUAAAGUGGGGCUUCCCUUGGUUUUUCCUAGGGGUGCCUGAGUGAUUGUAAAGCUAGUGUAUAACCUCCUUUAUUUUACAGUUAGAAACUUGCAGAUAACGCAUGCUGCACUUGAAUUCCACAAAAAUAUAGCUGUCAUCAGUGCACGUGCAUAAUGUGGCCUCUGAGUAUUACACGGGAAAAGAGAAAUACAAGGUUUAUUGCCAGCUUCCUAUCACGGUGCCCUGAUGUGCCUGCGUUUCCUGCACGCCCAUUUCCUGGCUUUUCUUAGCUCUGAUCUCCCAACAUCAUUUUUUACUUUAACCGUUAUAGAUAAAACUACAAAUACGUGUUGUUUGUGCUACUAAUGCUUUAUAGCCUAGGAUCCUAUGUGCAAACCGGUAUAUCUGGAAAAUGAGCUUUUUUUUUCUAUUGUAUUUUUGCCUACAGAAGUUUGAAUCUGGUAUAUGAUCUCUCACAGUUUUAAUAUUUUCAUAAUUGUAUAUGUUUAAUUGCUUUACAAUUGUAUUUUAAUAAUGUCUUAAAGGGACAUUAAACCCAAAAAAUGUAUUUCAUUAUUCAGACAGAGAAUACAAUUUUAAACAACAUUCCAAUUUACUUGUAUUAUCUAAUUUGCUUCAUUCUUUAGAUAUCCUUAGGAAAAGAAAUAGCAAUGCACAUGGAUGAGCCAAUCACAUGAGGCAUCUAUGUGCAGCCACCAAUCAGAAGCUACUGAGCCUAUCUAGAUAUGCUUUUCAGGAAAGAAUAUCAAGAGAACGAAGCAAAUUAGAUAAUAGAAGUAAAUUAGAAAGUUGUUUAAAAUGUUAUUCUCUAUCUGAAUCAUGAAAGAAAAAAAUUGGGUUUAAUGUCCCUUUAAUGUAACUACAUAAAACACACACAAUCAUUUUGCUGUUUGAAUAACAAAACUGAGUCCCUUUUGACUGUGACUGCAAUAACAUUUGAAUUAAAGCGAGGGCGGCUGUCUGAAUAUCUCUGUGUGUUGGGAAAACAGCACAAUAUCUCCAGCUUGGUCCCGCCCAUCAUAUCAGCCAAUCACAGACAACAUUUACUGUGUGUUUGAAUCAACUCUAUGCAAUGUAAUUGUGCUCCUUCUCUGUAGCAGAUCCUCACUUGUGCCUUAAUCUUUGUGUCUAACCAAAUGUCUUUCUUAGAUGCAAUUAAAUACAAACAUUUUAAAUUCAAA